AUGUCUGAAAAGCAACCUUUACUUCCUACUGCCAAAAAACUCAAAAGUACGAACGGAUGUUGGUGGACGCGUUGGAAAAGGAAACGAGCAAAAAAGAAGGUUUCGCGGUUUGGAUUGAUAAUCAAUACAUGAUUUUUCAGUACUACAGGCAUCUCGACAGUCUUUUGAAGCUCUAUGAACAAGAUUCCUAUGCAAUUUGUGGAAAGAAAAAAGAACCGCAGGUUACUAUUUGAUGCGUCAUUUUAUACUAGCUUUUGUAUUUAUCAAUUUUUUAAAAGAUUCCAGUUUGGGUUUUUCAGAGUUUUUAAACCACGUUUGUGCGUCAGAAAAUUUACAAAAAUCAAAAAAUAAAAGACUGUACCGGCUAAAAUUCUCUGUUUUGUAAUAUAUUCAACCGUUUCUUCAGAAAAAAGACGAUCCCUAUGAAAACUUACUAGACCGAGUUUCUCUGCUCCUGAAACUGAUCCUGGUUGCCUCGAAGCUCUCCGCGAGUUACCUGUCCAACAGCUUGGCGAUAACCAGGUGAACGCGACGCGACACGCAUCGCACCAGAAGGAAUUCCAGUGUCUUCGUCGAUUCUUUGAUGGACGUCUGUAGCGAAGCGAUUCUCGGCGUCUGCAUGUGGCUCAUCGAAAACAUCGACACCUUCAGCUAUCCGAGGGGUCGUGCCCGGUUGGCGCAAGCCGUUUUUGGUCGGAGAAGGAAGAAAUUAAGAUUAACGACGAUCGGGGUUAUCUUGUCGUCGAUUGUGUUGGGCGUGGCCAAUAUGGCGAUCCUGAUGCGCUCUAUUUCAGAUAUUGUCACGGGUACGGUAGGUUUCCCGAAUGCAUAGGGAUUUCAGAGUUACAGUUGAAGUUCAGAUAGAUCCUUCUCUGGAAAACUUGUCGCUUUUCAUCAUUCUUGGAGGAUUGGCUCUGAACGGCAUUUUGAUGGUUUUGUGUUAUCGCAAGGGCUCUGAAGCGACUAAGGUAAGGACAAAAAACCAUCAGGUUCCAGGUAGAAGGUAAUGUGAAUAACUGUAAGCCUUCUACACCAGCGAUUAUUAUGUUAAUACUGAAACUGGAAUUUUCGAUAUUUAUUAAAAGGGAUAAUCUUUUUUUUCAUUUUCGAGCUAUUUCGGGUUGAAAGCUUUCUCAAUUCUAUAAAUGAAAACAAUUAUACCACAGAACAUAAGAAAAAAAUAGACCAAAAUCUGGGAAAUAAAACUAUUGACGUUAUUUCAAUCAGAAGUUACGGAGUUUAAAGAAUCCUGUUGAGCACUUUGUUAGGAAGUUAUUUCUCAUUUCUCAUGAUCAUCACCCUUUUUUCGCCACCGCAGGUCCUUGCGAUGGAUGCGCGCAACGACAUGGUGAACUCUUUGGUUGGUCUGACCGCCGCCGUCAUUGCCAACAACUUUUGGAUCUAUGCUGAUCCACUGGGAGCAGUAAUCGUUUGGUAUCUCUGCCUUGAACGGCUUUUGUGGUAUAACAGCAAUUCUAGCGGACUGAUAGCUAUUUCGUGGUUUCGAUACGCAACCAAGUACAUCCCAAAACUCGUCGGAAUCCGCGUGGAAAGAGAAACUUUGAGCAGAAUUCUGAAAAUCGCGAUAGAACACGACGAUCGGAUCAGGUGAGCUAGUUAAAAUCGAAAAAAAACUUUGAGAUUUUUCUGGAAGAAGAUUGAAAAAUGAUCUCGAAGCUGAAGUGGAAUUUGAUCUUCACCUUGAAAUAGACUUACCAAAACUGCAACAUUUCCAGGUGCGUCGACCAUAUUAUGGUGUAUCACACCGGCGUCGACGCCUUGGUUGAAUUGGACGUGGUCUUGGACGAUGAUAUGCCACUGAAGGUUUUGAAGUUAAAAAAUAGACUUUUAAAUGAAAAUUAGAAGGAAAGUUUUAGGUUUUUGAUUGUAUUUUAUACACCUCUCUAAAAUUUCGCCUUCUAAAUGUGAUUUUGUUGUUCUCGUUGGACUUUUUCCUGUAUGACCUGUAUGACUUCAAAUAUUAACAUUCAAAAUAGAGUUUGAGAAGGGCCAGCCGUAAUGCCAGCCAGAGAAAAAGCUUCAAAUUAUCAAUCCUGUUUUUUUGUCCUGUUCAUUUUACUACUUCAGUCUAAAACAAUCUCUUCUCUCUUCAGAUAUCUCACGACGUGACUCAUCCUUUGGAGAAAAAACUCUGUCGACUGGAUUUCGUGGAAAAAGCCUUCGUUCAUUGCGACUACCGAUGCGACGGGGAUUCUAGUGCAAAAAGUUGAAAUUUUGAGAAAAAUUUCUGAAAUAAAUUAUCUUGAAUUUUAUCCACAUCAGAAGUCAUGGCAGAAUGAAUUUUUUUCUUAAAAAAAGAAAAAGUCAGCGUGAGAGCGAAUCGAAACGAUUUUCAUUUCGAGAUGAAGAAUUUCCCCCUGCUAGCAAUCAUCAUUUUUUUCUUCUUUUUGGUUAGUUUAGGAAUUUGUUUUAAACUUUCUUUGGAAAUUGAAAAAGUAUGGAAAACUUCUAAUAACGGUCUUACUUUAAAUCAUCUGAACUACGCAAAAUUGUACCUUAAUUCAGGCUCUACCGUUAUCGAGCCUCGUCAAUGA